CCAGGCACACCAACUCAAAAAGUGACGGUGGAGUUGCGAAGUUGUUUUUGGUUGUUGUUGCAACCUUCCCUUUGUGUAGAAAUCAUAAAAAUUGCAAAUUAUCUUUGUUAAAUCUGCUCGAUUGACCACUUUUCCACCCCUGAGCUAUGAAGUGAAGCAAUAAUAAACUAUCUUCACGAUGGACCAGGAGAAAAUUCUGCUCGUUCUUCUUGUUGUUUGGCUCAAUACCGUGGAUGGAAUUUACAACUGCUCAAAUCUACAUUUAAACAGCCAGAAUGGUUACAUUGAGAGCCCACAUCAUCCAGGCCCUUAUCCAGACUUUGCGCAGUGCUCUUGGUUCAUUAGCAUUCCGAAAAAUUCCUCACUAUCCAUCAGGAUUGUGGACUUGGACAUUUCUAAUGACAGUCCACCUUCUUGCGAGGAAACGAAUAGUUGUUGCUCCAGCAAUUGGCUCUCAAUCCCAGCCAUUAGUCACGGUGUGAAGGUGCCACAUUUGCUCUGCAAUGGAAUGCAGUACAACAGGGACGUCCUUCUUCCCGACACCUUGAAAAUAGCGGUCAUCAAGUUCCAUUCGUCAAAAAAUUUCAAAAGCAGCUCGGGAUUCAAGCUCAAAUAUGCUGUUGUUCCGCAUGUGGCCAAACAUCCUUGCUUAAGCACUGAGUUUUCAUGCUCAGACAGUCAGCAGUGUGUGCAGCAGUCGCAAAUUUGUGAUGGAAAAGAUGACUGCUCAGACAAAUCAGAUGAAUCUCACUGUGACUCUAGGUGCACCGAGCAAGGGUUGACGAGCUGCCCCGAGUCUCCGAUGGUGUGCUACAACGCCUCAAUCAAUGUUUGCUCGCGACUCAUGUCGUGCCCCGCUUCGCAACACAAGGGCUGGACCCUGUGCAAGGACGGCAAGGCGUGCUACCUGCGAGAGCAGCAGUGUGACCAGACCGUUGACUGUGAUGACCAGACAGACGAGCUGAACUGCAAGAGCACAGAGGACGUGUUCUUCCUUUGCGACGAUUGGUCCAAAUGGAUCCCGAGUAACAAAGUCUGUGAUGGAAGUAAUGACUGCAACGAUCAUUCAGACGAGGAUUGCUGUGUCAAUACUUCAUUUGAAACUGCGACGAUUGUGGGAUGCCUCUCGUGCAGUUUGAUUUUCAUUCUGCUUACCUCCUACUUUUUCUUUGGGUACGGCCAACCCGUUGAGAGCACAAUGGACAGGAACUCCGAGCCUUCCAUGAGGCCAUCGCUGAACAUCUCAGGCCCGUCGCCCUACUUAUUAUUCCGAGAGCCGCCGCCUCCCUACUUUGCGGAGCCUCAUGUGAGCCGCAGACGGUACCGUCGAAAUAGAAGGAGGACUUCUCCGAACUCUGUGCCAGUUUCCAGCAAUACCGGAAGCUCUGCCAUGGGGAACCAGAGGGACCAGCCAGAGGCAGAGACUGCGGAGGAAGCCUCGAAGAGCUCAGAGGAGAUUCCUACAGUCUCAACCACAUAGAUUGACGCCAUAUUUAAUCUAUUUUUAUUCCAACUUCCUCAAUUAAAAUGCUUUCCCUGCAAUCAACUGUGAUCAUAAGCAAUGAAGAGCAGUUGCAUUGCACUAUCAUAUUUUUUGUGAGCAGAACAAGAAUCUAGUCUCUUGGAAUCUCCUUUUUCCUGUAAUUCACGAAAUUGAGAUAACUUAGCUGUGUAAAAAUUGGAAGUUCUUAUUACACUCAUUGACAAUUCUUUUUAUUUAAGUUUUAUGUCCUGGAAAUUUCUACAUAAUUUUCAAAUAAUAUACCCAAAUAUACGGUACUCUCAAAUCUUCAUAA